UUUAAGAUUUUUUUGUGUUGUUAUUUUUUUAGUUUAGUUUUCUCUAACUUCAAUACGAAUCAAACGCAGUGUUAGUUUUGUGAUGAGGAUGACUGUUGUUUGUUGAUGGGAGAAUGGAAACGGUAUCUGAAAUAUUUCCGUUAGAUUUCAAAAAGCUUCUUUGAAUUCUAUAAACAUCAAAACUUUGUUCUUCACAUUCACCCAUUUAUCACCCCCAAAAACCUCACCCCUUUUCUUUCUCUCAAUUUCAUGAUCAUCGCCUCCCUAAAUUUCUAUUAAUUUUAACCCGAACCUUGAAACAUUAGAGAACUGAAGUUAUAAUGGAUCCUGAUUUGAAUGAGAAGCCUACGGAUCGAAUCGAAGAGCAAAUGCAAAUGAAACGUCUUGAAGCCAUUUUCAAGGCUAUGAAAAGUCAGAAUUUGCAAAAGAGUCACACUCCGAUUCAGAUAACUAAUUUCGAAGGAGAAUUGUUAACAAAAGCUGAAAAUUUUCAAGAUGAAAACAAGGUGAUUAAGGAAGAGGUUGGUGUUAAUGUUGAAGAAGAGACAUCGGAAUGUGAGAAAACAGGAAAAAGGAAGGCGGAGUAUUUGGUUGCGGAAGCAUUAGGGAUGGAUACCUCGGAGGAUGGCAUUGGUGGCCGCACGAGACACUUCUUCGAUUGUAAUAUAUGUUUUGAAAAGGCGAAUGAACCUGUGUUAACUUGCUGUGGUCACUUGUUUUGUUGGGAAUGUUUCUAUAACUUGUCGUAUGCUUAUUCAAAUGCUAAAGAAUGUCCUGUUUGUGAAGGAGAGGUCGUUGAAACCGACAUCAUCCCGGUUUAUGGCAAUGGAAGGGUCCAUGAUAAUGGUCAUUUGGAAAUGAAUGAAACUGGUUCCCAAGUUCCCGAUCGACCCCGUGCAGCUAGAGUUGAGAGUACCCGGCAGCGGCGGAGAAGACGCAGAGCUGGUUCUUCAAACCAUGAUUUAUCGUUGUUUGGUGACUUUGAUGGAUUAGAAGAGUCUGAUUCGUUACAAUUCCCGAGUUUAUCUCCCGAUUGAUCUAUGUUCAGCAUAUUUCUUACCAGUGCAGUUAGCACUUCAUUUUCAUUCUUUUUGAAUCAUAUAUAUAUUUAUGUGCAGUCACUCACCACUAGGAAGCAUUAGACCACUAAAUCCUAAUUCUGUCGAUGGAGGUUUGGCUUUUCGGCAUUGCUGCUACAAAUCAAUGAACAAGUCAUACUCAAGAUCAUGCUCUAACCAAUUCUGCAACCGUACAUCUUCUGUUUCUCCUUUAACAUCUAGAUAAUUGAUAGUAGUGUAUAUUUAGUAUUUCAGUGGAGCUUUCAUCUUAAUUAUAGUAGAGGGGAUGCUUAGCCUUUAAUAUCUAGAUAAAUUAUAGUACGCCCUACCCUCUUUUUAGUUCCAUAAUAAGUGUCACAUUUACAAAUGUCUUGAAAAGAUUUAUCAGUGUUUUUUUAAUUGUACCAUUAUUUAAUAUUAUGUACAUACUCUCGAGUUAUUAUUCUUCACUUUGUAUUUAUAAUAAAUAGAAUAGAUCAAUGAUUAACAAGGAUAAUUUAGUAAAA